AGGGCAUUGGAUCUCAUUACAGAUUGUUGUGAGCCAACAUGGGAUUUGAACUCAGGACCUCUGGAAGAGCAAUUAGUGCUCUUAACCACUGAGCCAUCUCUCCAGCCCCAGACCCCCUUCUAUACCUUUAGCUACUUAAACUGAAAUUAUGAUGGUUCUGAGAAGAGUCUCUGAAAUGUGGUCAACUAGCUUUUUGGAGGAAAAUGUCAGCCAAGAAAUUAAAAAGGCCUGAGGGUAGAGACUGGAGAUGUUGGACUCACUGCUUUGCAGAGGAACAGUGUUAAAUUACCAUUUUUUUUCUUGGUUCGGUUUGGCUUUGUGCAUCCCUGGCUUUCCGUUAACUACAGAGAUCCUCCUGCCUCUGCCUCUUUAAGGACCUCUGCCAUUACCACUGGAUCGGUUACCACACAACUCCCACUCGGGCACAGCUGCACUCGCAUAUACAUAUGAAAUGUUAAAGCCUGUGUGUGUGUUCGUAUAAGUGUAAGUAAGCAAAAGACUGCGGAUGUAGUCGUUUGUUAUAGAGUGCUCUCCUAGUACACACAUGCGUAAAGUCUUCCUUGGGUUAAAUCCCAGCAUCACGAUAAGAUGGGCGUGGUGGGGACCCUGAAAUAACAAUAGGGUUUGUGUCUCAGGGAGGUAAUUGACAGACGUAACAAUGCUCAGUGAAGCCCCCAUCUAAAGCUCUCUACCUUAGAAAGCCCUCAGACUCAGAGGCUGCUGCCUUUAGGAUGUCUCGAUGUUAUUAUGACAGUCCUCUGCGACUCGAAAAAGCUUUUGUUUUGGAUGGGGUAGCUGUGAGCUCAAUGGCCCACGCCUAUAGCAUCUUGAGGCCCAAGCUAUGGUCCGCAAUUCCGCCUUAUAAUCCUCAACUGGACCACCACGCUCAUAGGUACUUCCGGAGCCACGUGGUCCCGCCCGUUUUGCGGAAAACUGAUCAGGAUCAUGGUGGUACUGGAAGGGAUGGCUGGAUAGUGGAUUAUUUCCACAUUUUUGGUCAAGGACAGAGAUACCUCAAUAGGAGGAACUGGGCAGGAGCAGGGCAUUCGCUCCAGCAGGUGAGUGGGCAUGACUACUACAAUGCUAAUCCGAAGGUGAUCACUGCCGGCUUAAACGGUCGAUUCGGCUACCGCCGGAACACUCCAGCCCUCCGCCAGCGCACAUCGGUGUUUGGAGAGGUCACGCCAUUUCCCAUUUUUUGAAGACAUUGCAUCACAGGUCUUGACCUGCAUCUUCAAGAUAAACUGUCAAUGAUAUUCUAUAUUUUUAAACAUUGCA